AUGGUCGGCUACGAAGUGUCAUUUGUAAAAUUUUGGUUAACUUGUUGGUUGAUAUACUGCAAGAGUGAUGACAGACGAUAUUGUAUCAUUAAGCCUGUUAAAUCAGAAUUUAAAGACUUGGUUGACGAAUUCCAUGACUUGGGAGAGUAUUGCCGGUAUUUGUAUGAGAAUGCAAGAAGAAAGGUCAAAUCUAAUCUACUCAAUGAAGACGAUGAAAGGGUAUCAUCAGCUUCAGCGUUUCAUGAAGAAGCAUUUAGUCAACUACAAGAGCUAUUAGACAUGCAUACGAAUUGUUCAUAUUUGUUAGACUUACAUCAAACUUUAAUUGAUUUAGAAGCUUCAAUAGAUGAAUUGAUAUGUGAAUGUUCAAUAUUUGACGAAAAAGAAAACUGGAAGAAAAUACUCAAUGUAGACGAGUCAGAAGAUGAUUGUAAGGAUGACUUAAAAGUUGAAGAAAACUACAAAGAAAUUAAUGAGGCAGUAUGCCGCUCGUACGUCGAUAAUAUAGUUUAUUAUCUUCAAUUGGCUGAACAUUUACUCGCUGAACAACCAAAGUUUAAUAAGGACGCUGCAUUGCUAUUUCCAAGCAUGACGCUUACACUUAUACGAUGCAAGGAUCUUCUUGUUCAAGUUGUCGAUGAGUUAUGGUGUCGAUGGAUUAUUCUAGAGUUGCCGUCGAAACAAAAAGAUGUAACACCAUUUUCUAAUGUCAAUAUACCCUAUCCAUCAAUUCAUGAACAGGUGGAAUCGAAUGAUUUUUUCAGUUUUUCAUUCAACGCUUGUGUACCGUCAGUAGCUCACAUGGGAAAAGCACUGAAUAAUCCAAAUUCCCUAUUUGAUUCAUUUUUUUAUCGUCUGUCGUCGGAUAAUGAUGAUCUACCGGCGACUAUUCCGCUAUGUGGAAAAUCUUCUGUAUUGGCUAGUCUUAAAAUAUUGGCCAAGCCUGGAUUAAUAUGUCAGUUGUUGAGAAUUAUUGAAGCUUUAGAAGAGUCUAAGACUCGUAUUUAUGAAUUGUUCAAUCAAAUUUGGACGUACAUCUUUAAACCUUGGCUUAAAAAGGUCCCAUGUGUAUCCGGUUCAGAAAUGGGUUGGCCAGAGUUGAAGUGCCAAUUGAUUAAUGAGUCGCUCCAUGAUGAAUUGGAUAUCGACGUAUCAGUGAAUAGUACUGCUAGUAGUAGUAAUAAUCGUGGGAAAACGGCUUCUACUGCUGCGGCUAACCGUGGUGUCUUAUGCUACUUCAAUCUACUCGAUUUAUAUAAGUAUUUCUUUGGUCUGAAAUUUAUUCAAUCAUCCAAUAAUUAUGAUAAUAAUAGUAGAGAGGAAAACGUCGGUAUAGGAGGACUCCUCGAUGUCAACUCUGAUAUUCUUAGUGAUGAUGGUGAUGGGGAUGGGAAUGCAGAUGAUACAGCUAAACGUGUCAUUGACUUACUAAUCAACAACAACAACACCAUCGAUAAUGAUAUCGAAAACAGUCAAUCAAUUUGUUGUUUAUUCAGUCAUGAAUUAGUCAGUGAAUUAAUCAAUGGACGUUUCAAUGUUGAUGUAUUCUUCACAGACGGUGAUGCUGAUGAUGAUGAUAAAAAAUCGACUAAUUUUGAGUCAAUGUUAGCAUCAAUUACCGACUCUGUGAUACAAUUGAUUCAUGUUGGAAUAAGUACAGGAUUUCUACCAACAGAGGAACAACUUUCACUGAAUAGUACUCAACAACAACAACAACAAGUGUCAAGUUCUAAUAUUGGAGAAGCAAAAUUAAGUGUAUGGAUUAAGAAACUCCCCUUGUUGAAGUAUAAACGUAAAGCAAGCUGUAUGCUAGAACAACUGCAUCAAUUAUUAGCUAAUCGUGAACUCUUCUAUUCAAUGUGUCGUCCAGCGAAUGAAAGCGUAAAAUGUGAGGAGAAGAAGAGGGAGCAGGAGGAGAAGGAAGAGGAGGAGGCGAAUCCUUCAGAUACUGAUCAUAUUAAUGCUGGUGACGAUGAUGAUGUUGAAUAUGAUGAAAGUAUCUUUGAAGAGGAAGAAUUCAUUCUCAGUGAUGAUAGUGAUGCUGGUGAUAAGGAUGAUAAUGAUAAUAAUAAUAAUAAUAAUGGUCCACUGAAAUCACGAUCAUUAUCGGAUUCAAAUAACGCGAGUGAAUAUGAGCAUACUGUCUCUAGACUACUGAAAUCCAAGUGUAAUCUACGUGAUAUUUCAAGAUAUUUAGAUCCUGGACAAUUUGAUUUUCCUGAUUGUAUGGUGUCGGAAACUGUCCUCCUAAUGAUGAAACAAGUCUAUGACAUUCUCAAUAAUAGUUCUACCUACCUUGUAACCUUAGUGAAUGAAGUGAAUCAAUCGACAGCAAAUAAUGUGCUGGAUUUAAAUACAAAGAAAACUAUCACAAUAAGUUUUGUUGAAUUUAUAAUUAAAUUAAUUCCUCGGAUAUUUAUGCUAUUCACCUCACUGAUACCUAGUUUACAUGCACAGACGGGUUUACGAUUUGCUGUUCUGUACUACAAUGAUUGUAUGUAUUUAGCUCAUGAAUGUUUAUCCCUGGGUGAACGUGGCCCGUACAAAUUUAUUGGAGAUUUUUUCGAUUUGGACUAUGAAACAGUAGCCAGUGCUAAUGAUAUUGUUUUUGAUGAAGAUAUUCUGGAGAGAUUAGCUGCAAUGGGUACUUGUAGUCUGGUACCACAUUUACAUCAAUCUGGUGCCAAAAGCUUAUUGUAUCAUUUAAGACGUGAACGACAACAUCUCCUACGAUGCAUUGAAAGGAUACAAGGAUUUCAUGAUGUCAGUUCAUCAUUCGGUUAUAAUCGAUGUACUACUUCUAUGGAUGAUUGUUGCCGUCAUUUGCUAAAAGUUGCUGAUGUUCUUGCCUAUCUACCAUAUAAGAUCUAUUAUCGUGCAUUAGGUUACUUGUGUAAUUGUGUUUGUGCAGAAUUAGUGAAGUGUAUAGUGAAUUCAACUGAUAUUACACAGUCGGAUUGUGAUAAAAUACUGAUCUUAUUAGAUCAGAUUAGUGGCACUGUUAGAGAAUUUUUUGUUUCGAGUGACGAAAAAAUUCAUCUGACUGUGGAAGCCUCAAUGAAUAAGUCAUCACAACAGAACUCCAAUACAGCACGACUUCAUCGACGUUGUCCAGAAUAUCAACGCCUGCAGGGAGUUAUCAGUGUUCUAUCAGUCUCAUCAUUGGCUAUAAUUCGUGAUGUCCUAUGGAUGGAUGGAAAAGGACCAUUGUCUACAGAGUCCCGCAUUACAGCGUUUGAGUUAGGUUGUCUAAUUAAAGCAUUGCAUAGCAGUUCUUCAAUGCGUGAUCAAAUGUUAAAAAAGUUGCAUAUCGAUACAAUUUGGACUGAUAGCUUCAAUAACAAACAGUCUUAA